CCUGGGCAGCAUUCGACGCCCAAAAUGGCGGCACGAUUGAAAAGUUUUGACUGUUUUGUUCGAGUUUGUUUUCAUACUAUUUAUCGGGGUGUGUAGCCCCUUAGAAUACCACCAGAAUCGAGUUGGACUCCGCGUAUGGCUGUGUUCUCCACGAUGAAUUCAAUACAAGUCCAACAUGAGAAUAGCGCUUAGCUAUCAUCCCAAAUUCGGGCUCACUUCACCGAAGCGGGGCUAAGACUAAGCUAAAAGAAGCUAACAAGCGGUUUAUAUCGAAAAGCUUCGUUGCUUAUGUCUUCUGUCGUUCGGACAAAGGUGGUGGGUUGAACAUGAAGAAGGGGACCUUGUCAUAGCAAUGGAGGAAGAUGUGAAAAAAGUGAAAAAGCCUGGUAUCGUGUCGCCUUUCAAGCGGGUCUUCCUGAAGGGAGAAAAAGGGCGGGACAAGAAGGCCCAGGAGAAGUCCACCGAGCGCCGGGCCCUGCACACCUUCUCACUCUCGCAGCCCGACCAUCGCAUCGACCCUGACAUCCUCCUCAAUGACUACAUCGAAAAGGAAGUCAAAUAUUUGGGCCAGCUGAUGUCCGUUCCAGGAUACUUGAACCCUUCAAGCAGGACCGAAGUCCUGCAGCUCAUUGACAAUGCAAGAAAGUCGCAUCAGUUGGCGGGCCAGCUGACGUCAGAGCAGGACGCCGUAGUGAGCUUGUCAGCGUACAACAUCAAGCUAGUGUGGCGUGACGGCGAGGAUAUCAUCUUGAGGUUGCCCAUCCACGACAUCGCCGCCGUCUCCUACAUCAGGGACGACUCGCUGCACCUCGUGGUCAUCAAGACGGCUCAGGAAUCUGGAGGUUCUCCUUUUCCCAGCUCCUGUCCCGAUCUCAACAAAUCCCAGACGCUGAGCUCCUUGUCGGAGAGCGGAGCCGUGCUGGUGGAGGUCUGCUGUCUGCUCGUCCUCGCGGUCGAAAACAAGGCAGCAGCAGAGGAGCUGUGUCUUCUCCUCAGUCAAGUCUUUCAGAUCGUUUACACCGAGUCCACUAUCGACUUCUUGGACAGAGCCAUCUUUGACGGAGCCACCACCCCGACCAGGCAUCUGUCCCUGUAUAGUGAUGACUCGUCAAGCAAAGUGGACGUCAAGGAGGCGUUUGAAGGCGACACCAGCUCUUUUCCGUUCCAAGCAUCAGUGGACGCAGAUGGCAGCUCGCCGUCCACCUCCAGCCCGGCCUCUCCUCAGGUGAAGACGGUGAGCGAAGGGGAGCUCAGCACCACGGCUGCAGAGCUGCUUCAGGACUACAUGACCACACUGCGCACAAAGCUGUCCUCCCAGGAGAUUCAGCAAUUUGCCACUCUGCUCCACGAAUACCGCAACGGGGCCUCCGUACACGAGUUCUGCAUUAACCUGAGACAGCUCUACGGGGACAGCAGGAAGUUCCUUCUGCUCGGCCUGCGUCCCUUCAUACCCGAGAAGGACAGCCAGCACUUCGAGAACUUCCUGGAGACCAUCGGGGUCAAAGACGGCCGGGGCAUCAUCACAGACAGCUUUGGCCGCUACCGCCGGGCGGCGAGCUCGGCCUCCGAUUCCACCACCAACGGCAACGGGGCGGCGGGCAGCAGUGGAGACAGCGCCGCCUCCGACGAGGGCCAGGAGACCUCCGAGGGCGACGAGUGGGACCGCAUGAUCAGCGACAUCAGCAAUGACAUCGAAGCGCUCGGCUGCAGUAUGGACGGAGAAGGGGUGACGCCGUGAUGCGACCGGCGUGAUCACGUGACGCUUGUUGGCACUGAAGAUUUGCUUUACUGUCUCAACACAUGAAGUCAAACAACUGCACUUGCAAUCAAGUAUUUUUGUACCCACUUAUAGGCAGUAUCUGCCACUGCUGUCAGCUAUGUAGCCACAAAAAAGACUGAUUAGAUUUGGUUUUAUUAUUAUUAUUGCUGCCUUAUAUAAAUGUUUUUUCUUUUACACUAUCAUUUAUCAGUGUUUACUCAAUCUAACUGACUCACCAAAUGCUGUCAAAGUUUUAUUCAUUAAGUGUUCUUGACAAAGCCAGUUAGUUUGCGGCUAAUGUUGACGUACUCUCAUGCAGGUCAUUUGGCAUUUAUCCCUGAUUGUGCCUUUAAAACCGUAGCGCAGCCUCUGUUGUGCAAAUGGUUAUGAUUAAAUAACAGCAACUCUGACUUUUUAUUUUUCAA